AUGGGACACAUCUUCAACUUUGACGCCGUUAAGAUUGUGGGCCAGGGCGAUGAUCAUGCAGCAAGGUGGGUGCAUGAAGCCUGGAUGUCCACCGACUGCUCUGUCAACCACCACAACCAUUUGCCUUCCCCCUGUCUGACUUUACGAACCUUCCUAAAGGGGGACAGUCACGGCGCGGGACAAUCGGGCCGUCAGUCAUCUCCGCGGCCGAACGGGGGCGAUUCAGUUCACGGUGACACGCGGGUUGGAUGUAGCCACAGGGGCGGCAUUGGCAGGUCACGCAUUGAACAAAAUGCGCCAUAUAAGGGGAGCUGUGCGCAGGAUUUUCCAGUCUCUGAAGAUGGGUAGACGAAUCAACUACUCGAAACGUCGGACCUUCAAUAAACCCCUCCCGGUGAAAGCCUCUUCUUCUUUUGAUAUACCGCCUGGGAAUCACAUUUUCACUACUAUUAAAGGACAGUGCAUAAUUUCAUUUACAGACCAGCCUGGCAUCUGUAAUGCCUUCCCUUGGUGUUUUGUUGCUCUGUCAGCAUACACAGACUGUCUAGACAGUUCCCGAUUAUCGAGGAGGGAAGCAUUUCUGUCGCAGGUUAUGACUAACCAUAAGGACAGGUCUUUUAUAGUUCCUAAAGUCCGCGGCCAGCGCACCUCCAUAAGCUGCGGUUUCUGUAAAUGCGCUAAGUAGCCUUCCUUUGCAAAUGGCGGUCAGCGCAGGCGUGUGCGAUCACGACUCUGAAACAGCGGCACUGAUAUGGGUAGACAAAGGGCUGGCAUGACCCAAUCAAAAUUAUUGAUAGUACUGUUUCGAUAUUAGAACGGAAUAAAAGUUGGACAGGAAAUUUCAAUGAAAGCAGGCGAGGAAACACAAGCCAACUCGAAUGCCACUUCAGGUGAGGUUGUCGAAGUGUAGGAUAAGUCGAUAGCACGAAGGUUCUCUAAUCACGAACCGGGGAAGGACUGAUAGGUUGGCGAAAGGGAGUGUACAGCCGGCUGAGCAAGCAGUUGCAUCAAGUCGUCUCGCCGGACAGUUGUAUAUUUGUUAGUCCCCGGCGCGUGCGCUUAUGAGCGUCAUGACUCUGACCGCCCGAGCCAAUCAGCGAAGGACGCAACAUCUGUUGGUCUCACCACGCAAGUGCCAGAUCGUACGCGACUCGAGCAGCGAACUGACAGGGAGUGUAAGGAGGACAUAAAAGCGGCAUAAGCUAGUGUUCCGGACGGCGAUCGCUGGCGAAGACGACCAAAAGGUCUUCAAUAUAGUAAUAAACUCUGUGACAUUCACUACUACUACUACUACUACUACUACUACUACUACUACUACUACUACUACUACUACUACUACUACUACUACUACUACUACUACUACUACUACUACUACUACUACUACUACUACUACUACUACUACUACUACUACUACUACUACUACUACUACUACUACUAA